AUGAUGCUCAAGACAGUGAUUGCCCUUGCUGCGCUCGUCAGCCUGGCGACUGCAUUACCUACCGGCCUCCAGCAUGUAUGGAGAGACGUACUGAUCUACAAGACACUGCCGACGUUGUCCCCUUGGCCAAACGCAGCAGCUUCAACGACUUAUAUACCUGGGAAGGCAAAGACACCUGUAAUUAUUCUCAUAUCUACCAGCACUCCCGUCACUAAUUGCCACAAAGUGGAUGCAUUGUCCAGGCGUGACCCCAACUCUCUUGUCAAGUUCUAUCAUGGCGAUGAAAAAGACACCUUGGAUGUCCUAUCUAAGCGUGGAUUCGACACUAGUGUUAAGAAGGAUGUUUUGAAUGCUCUGUCCAAGCAUUAA